AUGUUUGCAACAAUAAUCAACAAAAUCAACAUGUUCUCCAAGAUUGCCACCAUCUCCAUCAGCCUUUUGGCUUCCUCUUCCCUCGUGGCUGGCCACGCUGCCAUCAUCAAGGCUACUGGUGAUGCAGGAGGUGCCGGUUCCGCCAUCGGUGUCGACCCCAACACUCCUCGUGACGGUACCAACCGCAACCCCUUCCAACAGGAUGCCACUCGCUUCCGUGGUGACGCCGCAGACACUUGCGGUGAGACACUCGGUGGAGGUGCCAACGACAUCGCGGCUGGUACUGCUCAGGUCAUGCAGCUCAACGGCGCCACUCUUCCUCAGGUCUCUGCUGGUGGUUCAGUCAUGAUGACUGUCCAUCAGGUCAACUCUGACGGUGCCGGUCCUUACACUUGCAUGGUCGACGCUACUGGUACUGGUACCAACUGGCAAGCCGCCACUGUCACCACCAACCUUCCUGGUAACGACCGUGGUCGCAACCGGGACACUCAGAUGCAGGAUCUUCCCCUGACCGUCUCCAUGCCCGCUGGCAUGACCUGCACAGGAACUGUCGCUGGCCAGAGCAACGUCUGCAUGGUCCGUUGCCAGAACCCUGCUCGUGCUGGACCUUUCGGUGGCUGUGUCCCCGUCCAGAUGGCUGGAGCUGCUGCUGCUGCCCCUGCCGCCGGUGCCGCUCCCGCUGCCGGUGCCGCCCCUGCUGCUGCUUCUCCCGCUGCUGGUGCCGCUGGUGCCGCCACCUCUGGAACUGCCGCCGCUCCUGCUACCGGUGCCGCCGCUGGUGCUGCCGCCCCUGCCGCCGCCGCUCCCGCUGCUGCUUCCCCUGCUGCCAACGCCGGUGCCGCUACUGGAGCCACUGGCGCGACUGGUGCUACUACCGGUGCUACUGGCGCGACCGGAGCAACUGGCGCAACUGGUGCUACCGGAGCCACUGGUGCCACUGGUGCUCAGCCCGCUGCCAACGCUGGCGCCGCCGCUGGCGUUCAGUCCGGUGCAGGUGUUCAAUCCGGUGCUACUGGCGCCACUGGUGCUACUACUGGUGCUUCUACUGGUGCUGGUCUCGCUACCGGUGCCACUGGCGCUACCGGUGCUACUGGCGCAACUGGUGCCACUGGCUCUACCACUGGCUCUACCACCGGCACUGCUCCUCUCGCCGGUGGUGCCUCCCAGCGCAAGCGUGAGGCUGCCCGCAACCAGCCCGCACUCACCAACGACGACCAGGAGGAGGAGCUCGACCUCCUCGAGGGCGAGGACUUCUAG